UUUUAGUGGAAUUUGGUAGCUAAAAUUUAGAAGAGAGGAGUUGGUUUUCCUUUUUUAAACUAUUAUUUUUUAUUAUUUAUAACAUUAAUUAUUUUCUCAUAAUAUCUCAUUUGCUAUUUUAGGUAGUUAGCUCUUCCCUCUCUAACCGCGGUCAUGUUUGAAAACUCAUUAAGAUUACAACCUUUAAUCACGGGAUGUGACCCGGGGCGGCCAUAAACAAACAAACAAACAAACAAACAAAAAAAAAACGAAAACUCGAAAUCUCCCGCCCAAAUCAUCCCUAGUUCAAACAAACAAACCCCAUUUUCAGUUUCACACCCCCUCACACACAGUUACCAUCUCUCCAGGGGCAAAUGGUGGCUCAGCAUCGAUCCCCGCCGUCGGCGAAUCAAAUCCCUAGCUCCGGCAGUUCCAAAAGGGCUUAUCAUGUGGGAGGAAUCUCAGUGGAAUUCCCGUACCAGCCGUACGGAACGCAGCUAGCGUUCAUGGGUCGGCAGACCCAGAAGCUGAAGAAUCAGUAUGCGAAUCUCACUCUCUCUGAACCGGAUCCUGAGGCGAUGAUCUACCCGAACCCGAUCAUCGGUCAUGGCGGUGGAUUCGUCCCUGAAACGCAGCCUUCGAAGAAUUUGCUUGCGGGUGUGACAGAGCCAACAUCUCAAGCGGCGCCGAGCAGUAAAGCGGAGCAGAUGGAAAUGGCGCCUACUAUCUUUUAUGCAUCGAGGACGCACUCUCAAAUUUCCCAAGUGGUACGCGAAUAUCGGAAAACUGGCUACCGGGUUCCAAUGGCUAUACUGGCUUCAAGGAAACGUUACUGCACAAACGAAACUGUGAAUCGGUCUGGGAAUAUCGAUGAAAAAUGUAAACUGCUCACGAAGAAUCCCGAAGGUGGAUGCUCAUACUUGAAAAAUGUGCAGAAACUCAUGGACCAUACAUCACUUCAAAAGGGAGGAUGCCACGAGGUCCAUGAUAUUGAAGAUCUUGUGAAAGUUGGAAAUGUUGUUGAAGGUUGCCCGUAUUAUGCUGCUCGCUUAAUGGCAGAGGAGGCACAGUUGGUUUUCUGCCCCUAUAGCUAUGUAAUUAAUCCAAUCGUUCGUCGUGCGAUGGAUAUUGACAUCCAAGGAGCCAUUCUUGUCCUAGAUGAAGCCCACAAUAUCGAAGACAUUGCUCGUGAUGCUGUUAGCGUGGAUCUCAAUGAAGAUGCUCUACAGAAACUACAGACAGAACUACGCCAAGUUUGUUCAGGCGAUGCGAUGAUAUACCAGCCACUGUAUAAAAUGACGCAGGACCUGUUGAGUUGGAUGGAGCGGAAGAAAAGCAAACUUGAGAUGCGUGAAUUUCAGCAGUUCUACUCUUGUUGGACAGGUGAUCAAGCUUUAAGGGAGCUCCAAGAAGCUAACAUCACUCAACUGAGCUUUCCAAACUUGUUGGACUGUGCCCAAAAGACAAUUAAAGAUGCAACUGUUAAAGAGGCAGAAUUUGCUCUUUUAAGUGGCAUGUCCGUGACAACAUUGGAAGGUCUUUUCUCUGCGCUCAAAUAUUUUUUCUCAAGAAAUGGAUCCCACAUUUCUGAUUAUCAGCUUGCUGUCCAGCGAACUGUAAAAAAGGACACAAAAAACGUUGUUACUGGCUGGACACAUACUUUUAGCUUGUGGUGCUUGAAUCCAGCUGUUGUGUUCAAGGAAAUCACUGAUCUUUCCUUGUCAGUCAUUCUAACAUCUGGGACUCUGUCUCCUAUGAAUUCCUUCCCAUCUGAGCUUGGAGUGAACUUUGGAACUUGUAUAGAAGCCCCACACGUGGUUAAUAUUAAAUCACAGGUUUGGACUGCCGUCAUAUCCUCGAGUUAUGAAAAGUACCCAUUGAAUGCUAGUUAUAAGACAGCAUCUACAUUUGCCUUCCAGGAUGCACUUGGGAAAUCCUUGGAGGAAAUUUUGAAAGUUGUUCCCGCCGGCUCUCUUGUGUUCUUUCCAAGUUAUAGUAUGAUGGGAAAACUAUGCAAGCGGUGGCAAGAAACAGGUCAAUGGUCGAAACUACACGCACAGAAGUCCCUCUUUGUUGAGCCAAGAGGAGGAAACCAAGAGGAAUUUGACUCUCUUCUCAAGGGUUACUACAAGUCAGUUUCUGGGAGUGAAAAAGUUCCCGACCGGACUAAGAAAGGAAACAAAAAAGCAGACAAAAAAAAAAAUGGGGGUGCUUUUCUUGCUGUUUGCAGAGGAAAGGUCUCAGAAGGAAUAGAUUUUUCUGAUGAUAAUGCUCGAGUAGUUAUAAUAGUUGGGAUUCCUUUUCCAAACAUUAAUGAUGUUAAAGUUCACUUGAAGAAGAAGUACAAUGACACUUUCAAAUCAACUAAGAACCUUAUAAGUGGAAAUGAGUGGUAUUGCCACCAAGCUUUCCGAGCACUGAAUCAAGCUGCAGCCGAAAUCCAGUGAUUCGAUUUGUUAUAGCGGGACAAAUCCGGGUGACGAAACGUUGUCGCCUGUGGGUUCUGAAGAGGCGUUGUGGCCUGUGGGUUUUGAAGAGGCUCCGCCGCCACCGCCUGCCGGAGCGAGGUUUCCCGGCGCCAGUUGAAUGCAAUUAGGGGUAACGACUGUGGGUUCUGAAGAGGCUCUUCCGCUGCCACCUGCCGGAGCGAGGCUCUCCGACGCCAUUGGGUAAGGACUAUGGGUUCUGAAGAGGCUCCUCCGCCACCACCUACCGGAGCGAGGUUCUCCGACGCCGUUGAAUGAGAUUAGGGGUCGAGGUCGCCGCCGCCUGCCGGAGUGAGGUUCCCCGGCACCAUUGAAUGAGAUUAGGGAUCGGGGUGGGUUUUGGUAUACGGGAGAGGGGAAAUGCAGAGAGCUUUGCGCAGCCAUCCUUUUCUAUUUUCUUUAUUUUCUUUUUCUUUUAGAAUGUAGGCACUGCCGUUUCUAUUUCUUUGGAGGAUGUAAUCAGGUGUUGUCGUUCCUAUGUGAGCCCGUGAACAAUAUGGCGAAAAUUUCGUAAUGAACAGUAACUCUGACUUUUUUGGAACUUAGGACUUAAUAGUUCUAAUAAUAAUUAUCACUAUCAAGUUUUGGAGAAUGCUUGCACAAUAAACGGCAUAUUUUUGC